ACAGGGAGGCUCGAUAAGUUGUUCCCCUGUUCCCCAAGACAGUAGGCAGCCGAAAAGGAAAUUUUUUGUUUCUCUUUAUUCGUCAAGGGAAAAAGGGGAAGGAAGAAAGAACAGGAAAAAGGAUGGCGAACGAGGGAGGGCAGGAACCGACAGGGGCAGGUUCGAAGCAGAAGCAUCGGCUGGAGAGGAAAUGGACGUUUUGGUUUGAUAACCAGUCGAAGCCCAAGCAAGGUGCCGCUUGGGGGACCUCUCUUCGCAAAAUCUACACCUUCGACACCGUUGAAGAGUUCUGGUGUUUGUAUGAUCAGAUAUUUCGACCUAGCAAAUUUCCUGCGAAUGCCGAUUUCCACUUGUUCAAAUCUGGGAUCGAGCCCAAAUGGGAAGACCCAGAAUGUGCCAAUGGAGGCAAGUGGAGUGUUACCAGCAGCAGGAAGGCUAAUCUUGAUAACAUGUGGCUUGAAACAUUGAUGGCUCUGAUUGGGGAGCAAUUUGAUGAAAGUGAUGAUAUCUGUGGUGUUGUUGCAAGUGUGCGCCAGAGGCAGGACAAACUUGCAUUAUGGACUAAGACAGCAACCAAUGAAGCUCUUCAGAUGAGCAUUGGAAGGAAGUGGAAGGAGAUCAUUGAUGUUACCGAUAAGAUAACAUACUCCUUCCAUGAUGAUUCCAGGAGGGACAAAUCAAUCAGAGGCCGGUACAAUGUCUGAGAACUCUUGGAUCACCUCAAUUUUGAGCCACUCUCCCUGUUUUUUGUGAAACGAUGAUGAGAACCUUGCAAGUUUGUUAUCUUCUUUGUUUAUUGAUUAUAGUAAAAACCAUUGAAUCCUUGAAAUGUUAUAUUACUUGGAUUACCUAUUUUUAAUGCCUGUAAUUGUUCUAUUCAAUAUUUGACAAUUGGCGGUUGUUGUUUCAAUUCCUGGCAUUUAUUAUGUGCUUUUAUUUGACGUCA